AUGGUUAUCAGUUAUAGGGCAAAUGGGGGUAAACCCAUGUAUGUUGUGGUGGCCCCGAAUGUGUUGCGGCCAAACACUGAUUACCACAUCAGUGUCUCAUUGUAUGACAUCCCGGCGCCCAUCGAAGUGAACGCCAGUGUUAUCGGUCCGGCUCACAGUAUUAGCACCGGUGCCGUCGCUGUCGGUACAGCUGAGUCCAAAGUGCUAACCCUAGCGAUCGGCGAUUGGCCAAAAGGCAGGUAUAGGGUACAGGUGGAGGGAAAGGGCGCAAAUUUCACCAAGUACGAUAAUGCUGUUGCCAUAACAAGGGAUAGCUUUUUAGGAAGAGUGUUUCUUUAUUAUGAGGCGAAAUGUGUGUCGGUAUUCAUACAGACAGACAAAGCCACGUAUAAAACCGGACAGAAAGUACAGUUCAGGGCUGUUGUGGUCAACCCUUCGCUGAUUCCCAAAGACAAUGUUCCCAUUGAUAUACAUAUUAACGACGGUAACGGAAAGCGUGUCAUUGAAUGGACAAAAUUUGUUAUCGGUCCGGCUCACAGUAUUAGCACCGGUGCCGUCGCUGUCGGUACAGCUGAGUCCAAAGUGCUAACCCUAGCGAUCGGCGAUUGGCCAAAAGGCAGGUAUAGGGUACAGGUGGAGGGAAAGGGCGCAAAUUUCACCAAGUACGAUAAUGCUGUUGCCAUAACAAGGGAUAGCUUUUUAGGAAGAGUGUUUCUUUAUUAUGAGGCGAAAUGUGUGUCGGUAUUCAUACAGACAGACAAAGCCACGUAUAAAACCGGACAGAAAGUACAGUUCAGGGCUGUUGUGGUCAACCCUUCGCUGAUUCCCAAAGACAAUGUUCCCAUUGAUAUACAUAUUAACGACGGUAACGGAAAGCGUGUCAUUGAAUGGACAAAAUUGUACGCAAAAAACGGUGUCAUCGCUGAAGAGCUGCAACUGUCGGCACAGCCAGUGUUGGGCCACUGGACUAUAGGUGUGAUGGCGUGCAGACACAACACCACAAAGACAUUCACUGUCGUCGACGAUAUGUUUCCCACGUUUGACGUGGAGGUAGUGUUGCCAACAUAUGUGACCACAAAUCGGUCAGAAGUGGUGGCACUCGUAAAGGCAUUUGAUACAAAUGGAAAGGCUAUUAAGGGAGAGCUCACUCUUUUUGUUCGGGCCAUCAAUUAUUAUAGAAACAGUAAAUUCCGGACAAAGACUGCGAUCGAUGGAAGCGUUACAUUGACUAUCAAUUUAGUGGAAGAUUUACAAAUCAAAGAGUUUGUAAACAACAAACACCGCGAGUUUGAAGUGACGGCUGUAGUGAGGGAUACGUUGACCGGAAAGCAGUGCAACCGAACCAAUACAGUGAACGUAUACGAAAGGGAUUUGAAGUUUGAUGUGAUAAUGCCGUCGACCGCAUACAAACUGGGGCUGAAAAACACGUUUGUCGUCAAAGUUUGCACACAAGACGGCAAACCAGUGGCCGAUAGCGGACCGCAAGUCAAACUCCAAUACGGCUUUGUAUUUAAUAACAGUAAAUGGAUAAACAGUUCGCUACUGUUGUCGCCAACCAAUGGACUCAUUAAGUUUGAUGUGUUUCCGCCCAGAGAUAUGGGAAGAAGCGAAUUGGUAUUUACAGCCGAAUAUAUGGGACUCACGUAUGAUUUAGAUAUUAAGAGGGCUACGACCCGGUCCGGGCACUACAUGCAAGUGAUCCGUUCGGACACUACAAACGACAUCACUGUCGGACAGGAAGUAAAAUUCAUAGCGAAUGCGACCGAACCUAUCGGACGAUUGGUGUGCGAAGUGAUGGGAAAGGGAGACAUAGCGUGGGCUAAAAGUUUUGACAUUCCCGCUAAUACUACGGCCGGCUAUGAGUUCAGUGUCGCGACUGUGCCUCAAAUGGUGCCGACGGCCAGAGUUAUGUGUUAUUACGUGCGGCCCGACGACCGGGAAGUGGUGGCCGACGAUAUCGACUUCGAUGUGGUGCCAGUGAUUGGGACGCCUUUUACUGUAAACGCCGACACCCGUCACACCAGUCCGGGAGAGUUUGGCUGCGUUUGGCUCAACACUAGUCACAACCCGUUUGUCGACGUCAGCCGAGAGGAUGUGGUGAACGAACUGAAGACAUACGUGAGGACUACCCGCCAAUCAGACCAUUAUAAACACUAUAGGCGUUGGGACCCAACUAUGAUCACGUUUGACGAGUCGGCCGUUGGAGUGAUUCACAACGGGUUCAUUCAAGUUAAUUAUAAGGCAAAUGGGGGUAAACCCAUGUAUGUUGUGGUGGCCCCGAAUGUGUUGCGGCCAAACACUGAUUACCACAUCAGUGUCUCGCUGUAUGACAUCCCGGCGCCCAUCGAAGUGAACGCCACUGUUAUCGGUCCGGCACACAAUGUCAGUACCGGUGCCGUCGCUGUCGGUACGGGUGAGUCCAAAGUGCUAACCCUAGCGAUUGGCAAUUGGCCCGAAGGCGACUAUAAGGUGCAGGUUAUGGGAAAGGGCGCUAAUUUCACCAAGUACGACGUAGUCCCAGAUGGACAAGAUAAGGCUGUGUAUAAACCCGGACAGAAAGUACAGUUCCGGGCCGUUGUGGUCAACCCAUCGCUGAUUCCCAAAGACAAUGUUCCCAUUGAUAUAUAUAUUGAGGACGGUAACGGAAAGCGUGUCAUUGAAUGGAGAAUAUUGUACGCAAAAAACGGUGUUAUCUGUGAAGAGCUGCAACUGUCGGCACAGCCAGUGUUGGGCCACUGGACUAUAGGUGUGAUGGCGUGCAGACACAACACCACAAAGACAUUCACUGUUGUCGCCGCCGACGAGAAUCUGUUGCCCACGUUUGAUGUGGAGGUAGUGUUGCCAACAUAUGUGGUUACAAAUCGGUCCUCAGAAGUGGUCGCAACUAUUAAAGCAAUUGAUACCAAUGGGAAGGCUGUUAAAGGAGACCUCACUCUUACCGUUGAGACCAAUCAUUACAAUCCGAGUAAAUACCGGACAAAGGCUACGAUCGAUGGAAGCGCUACAAUAGCCGUCAAUUUAGCAGAAGAUUUAGCACUCGAUGAACGCAUAGUUGACUCAAAUGGCGAUGAAAUUGAGUUCACGGCACGAGUGAAGGAAACGGUGACCGGAAAGGAGUACAACAAAUCCCAUACAAUAAAGAUAUACGACAGGGAUGUGAGGGUAGAGCUUAUAAAGACGUCCGUCACAUACAAACCGGGGUUGAAAAAUACGUUUCACCUAAAAGUGGUCACACAAGACAGCAAACCGGUGGCCGAUAGCGGACCGCAACUCAAACUCAAAUACGGCUAUUCAUCGAAUGAGAGUGAAUGGAAAGAAUGCAAAGACAGUCCGUUACUGUUGUCGCCAACCAAUGGUGUCGUUAAGUUUGAUGUCUUUCCUCCCAAAGAUAUAAACUUAAUGGAAAUUAAAGCAGAAUAUAAGGGACUCACGUAUGAUAUAUACAUUGCAAAGGCUAUGACCCGUUCCGGGCACUACAUGCAAGUGCUUCGUUUGGACACUACAACCGACAUCACUGUCGGACAGGACGUAAAAUUCAUGGUAAAUGCGACCGAACCUAUCGUACGACUGGUGUGCGAAGUGAUGGGAAAGGGAGACAUAGCGUGGGCUAAGAGUUUUGACAUUCAGACUAAUAUUACGGCCGGCUAUGAGUUCAGUGUCGCGACUGUGCCUCAAAUGGCGCCGACGGCGCGGGUUCUGUGCCAUUACGUGCGGCCCGACGACCGGGAAGUGGUGGCCGACGCUAUCGACUUCGAUGUGGUGCCAGUGUUUCGGACGCCCGUCACAGCCGUCGACAUUAAACCGGAAGAGUUGGCCGGCGUUGGGCUCAUGACUAGUAACAACCCGUUUGUCGACAUCAGUGUCGAGGAUGUUGUGAACGAACUGAAGACAUACAACCGCCAGAUUGCCCGCAAGUCAUCCUAUUUUGGUGGUUACGAGCACUCGUUGGCAACGGUUGUCACGUUUGACGAGUCGGGCGUUGGAGUGAUGCACAACGGGUUCAUACUUAUUGGUUAUAAACCAAUGUCCGGUCCGGACAACUGCUCGGCCAAUGUCUGCACCCGUAGUCUAUACCUUACGGAGCUGAAAGCCUGGGGUCGCCAUAUAGUAGAUGAUAAAUAUGGGCCAACGAAACGUAUAGUUCAGAUCCCGAGCCAAUACCUCCAGGCGCUGGCGUACCAGAAGCUGAAUCCGCAAAACAAUAUACCAAACACUUGA